AUGGCCCAGAUCGAGACGCGCCGGGAUACCUUCCGCGGCCACUCCUACACCGACUACACCUUCCACUACAUCCUGGCCGGAGCCAUCCCGCCCAGCACCAUGGGCGAGAUCGGCGAGGCGAUCCAGUCCGGCGUCGCCAGCUUCAAGAUCUUCACCACCUUCCAUGCUCGGGUUCCAAUGGGCCAUCUCUGGGAGAUCUUCCAGGAGGUCGGCAAACACGGCGGCAUCAUGGCCGUUCACGCCGAAGAGGACGACAUCGUCACCUACAUGGAGGAGAAGCUGGAACGCGAGGGCCGCGACCACGGGUCCAACCUGCACCUGGCGCACAACAACAUCUCCGAGGACAUCUCCUUCCGCAAGGUGAUACGGCUGGCCCAGAAGACCGAGACGGGGAUCUACUUCGUCCACACCACGGCCAAGGAGGGCGUGGCCGCCAUCGCCGAGGCCCGCGGCGCUCAGCUGCCGGUGUACGGCGAGGCCCUGCACAACUACCUCCAGUUCACCUGCGACGACUACCUGGAACCCGACGGCCUGGCCAUCCACACCUAUCCGGCCAUCAAGUUCUCCGACGACCGCGACGCGCUGCAGCAGGGGCUGGUGGACGGCCCGAUCUGCACCACGGCCACCGACGAGUGGACCACCUACAAGAACAUCAAACUGGCCGGCGACACCAUCCGCACCCUGUGCGGCGGCCACAACGGCAUCGAGACCCGCAUGCCCGUCACCUACACCAAACUGGCGGCCAACGGGCGCAUCGACCUGGAACGGUUCGCCGCCAUCACCUCGACCAACGCCGCCAAGAUCCUCGGGAUGUACCCGCAGAAGGGCGCCAUCGCGGUGGGCAGCGACGCCGACAUCGUCCUCUUCGACCCCAACCUGAAGAAGACCAUCACCGUUGAUGAGCUGCACGCCGAAUCCGACUACUCCAUCUGGGACGGUUUCCAGUGCGAGGGCUACCCGGUGAUGACGAUGCUGCGCGGCAAGGUGAUCGUCCGCGACGGGCAACUGCUGGGCAGCUCCGCCGAUGGCCGCUGGCUCUCCCGCAAGGUUGCUCCCAGGGUAAUUACGCAGACGUCGGUCUAG